AGCAAAUCUGUCAAUUAACGGCAAAUUCCUCUACAAAAUGUCAUCCUCAAGCGUGGAUGCAAAGCCACGGGGGCCGACUAAGGUCAUCUCAGACCUCUUCCUAAGCUCUACAUGGAGCGACUUGUCCAUCGUUUGCGGAGAUGUUGUCUUCCCAGCUCAUAAAUGCGUCGUGUGUCCUCAAUCUGGGUACUUUUCACGCGCGUGUAAUAGCAGCUUCAUCGAGUCUUCUGGAAACAUCGUGAUAGAGGAGCUUGAGCCCAUUUAUCUUGAGAAGACGCUGCAGUUUCUCUAUAGAGGGGAUUACACCAGACUGAGCGAUAUGGACACCUCUCCCGCAGUGGAGUUUGGUCAUCCCAGUCCUAUCCCUAGUCCGAUUGUUCGAAGCCUCCCGUAUGCUACCCUGUCAUCCGUGGAAAAUGGCGGGCUUUCGAAAUUCCAUGUUCAUAUGUAUGAGCAAGGAGAAUAUUUCCAGAUCCACGAUCUCAAAGAGAAGGCAAAAGAGAACUUCAAAGAGUGCUUCCUGCGUGACUUAGACAGACUGUUUUUCCGUUCGACUGUGAACGAGGUCUACUGUACGACGAUCGAGACCGAUCGCGGGCUUCGAGAUAUUGUCAUUGAGACCGUCCUGAAUGAUCUGCCAACGCUGAUUGAUGGGACCUCAACCUAUCUCGACAAGGAAGAUUUGCAAGAGAUGCCUGAGUUUACGGUUGACCUGUGCAUGGCCAGCCUUGUUCAGAAUGCGUAUCUCAUGGGCAUCAUCUCGGAAUGUACACAAUAAUCGAUGCGAGACAUGCAUAUCAACGAGCUACCCGAGUAUUGCCUAUGAAUGCAUCAUCCUAGCCCUGACGGAUGACAGUAACCGCGGGCUGCAACUAUAACUUCCUCCGCAAUGUGGCCUGUACCUCAUAUCAAACUAGCAACC